ACCAUUCUAUUCCCUCUUCAUACCUAUCCAUCACUUCCCCACCCCACACACCAACACAAACACGUAGACUAUGUAAUACGCUAUGUCCCCUUCUCCAUUUCGUCUCUUUCCUUGAAAACCCUAGAAAUCUCAGGUUUUUAAAGAAAAGGGGACUUUGAAUCGGUGCAAUUUUAUCCUUUUCUCCUUCUUUGUCGGUGUAUUUAUGGGGUUAUAUUUCAUGGGAUUCCCAAUUUUCUAAAAAAAAUUGGUUGUGAGAAGUUGGUGCUAUGGAGAGAUCCAAUAGCAGAGAUUUCAAAGACUUGACUAGCUCCUCUAGCUCCAUCUCAGAUGGUGCCCUCUUUGAUGCAUCACAAUAUGCAUUUUUUGGGCGAGAUAUAGCGGAGGAAGUUGAAUUGGGUGGUUUAGAGGAUGGAAAAGACAAUAGUGAUCUGGCUGUUGGAGGUGGAUUAGGUGACGACGAGAUACAGGAGUAUCAUUUAUUUGAGAAAGACGAGGGAUCUGCUGUGGGCUCAUUAUCAGACAUAGAUGAUCUAGCAACGACAUUUUCAAAGUUGAACAGAAAUGUCACUGGACCAAGGCAUCCUGGUGUUAUUGGUGACCGUGGAUCAGGCUCUUUUUCAAGGGAAAGUUCAUCUGCAGCUGAAUGGGCGAAAGAAGCAGACUUUCAUGAUUGGUUUGAUCAGCAUUUAUCUGACACUGAAUGUUACCAGGAAAGCAAAAAAUGGUCUUCACAGCCACAUAUCUCUGCAGUGCUUGCAGAGUCAAAACCAUUGUAUAGAACAUCGUCAUACCCCGAGCAACCCCCACAACCCCAACAACCCCAACAACUUCAGCACUACUCUAGUGAACCCAUUUUACUACCGAAAUCAUCUUAUACUUCUUUUCCUCCUCCUGGUGGUAGAUCUCAACCCUCACCACAUAGCCUUUCGCGACAAAACAUGUCAUCUCUUUCUGCUGGACCUCAGUCUCCCUAUUCUUCUGUGAAUCUCUCUUCGUUGCCGAACUCUAAUCUGCAUUUGACAGGCUUGGCUCACGGGCUUCACUAUGGUAGUGGAAACAUCCCACAUUUGAACCCUACUGGUCUUUCUCAUAAUUCUAGGUUGCAAAACCAGUGGACCAGCCAUGCGGGACUCAUCCAUGGGGACCAUUCUGGUCUCCUAGAUAGUGUCUUGCAGCAUCAAUUUCCUCAUCAAAACAGCUUACUAUCUCCCCAGUUACUGUCCCCACAGCAGCUGCAACAGCAGAGACUUCAUCUUUCAGUUCAGCCUUCUUUAGCUCAUUUUUCUGCGCUAAGAUCCCAAUUGUAUAAUUCCUUUCCGUCACCAUCUCAUCUAGGCAAGUAUGGAUUGGCAGAUUUCAGAGAUUCACGAUCUAAGCCAUCACACAAGGUUAGACAAAAUGUGUGCUUUUCUAAACAAGGCUCUGAUGCUGCUAGCCACAAAAGUGAAAGUAAUGUGCCACAGUUCCGAUCUAAGUAUAUGACUGGUGAUGAAAUAGAGAGCAUCCUGAAAAUGCAGCAUUCUGCAGCACAUGGCAAUGAUCCAUAUGUAGAUGACUACUAUCACCAGGCCCGCCUUGCAAAGAAAGCAGCCGAGUCGAGGUCAAAACAUCGCUUCUGUCCAAAUAAGGAACAGUCUUCUCGGUCACGUAAUAGUGCAGAAUCACAGCCUCAUCUUCAUGUUGAUGCUCAAGGGCGGGUGUCAUUUUCUUCCAUCCGCAGGCCUCGUCCACUUCUGGAAGUUGAUCCACCAGGCUUUGUUUGCAUUGACAGCAGUGCUGACCAGAAGAUAUCUGAGAGACCCUUGGAACAAGAGCCAAUGCUUGCAGCUAGAAUUACAAUAGAAGAUGGUUUCUAUCUUCUCACUGAGGUAGAUGACAUUGACAGGCUCCUUCAGUUUAGUCAGCCCCAAGACGGUGGUGCUCAGCUCAGGCGGAAGCGACAGAUCCUGCUGGAAGGCAUGGCCGCCUCACUUCAACUAGUUGAUCCGCUUGGUAAAGGUGGAAGUUCUGUCGGGCUUACUCCUAAAGAUGACAUUGUAUUUCUAUGGUUGGUGUCUCUUCCCAAGGGCCGGAAGCUCAUGUCAAGGUAUCUUCAGCUUCUUCUACCUGGCAAUGAGCUUGUCAGAAUAGUUUGUAUGGCAAUUUUCCGCCAUUUGAGGUUUUUGUUUGGCGGUCAUCCACCUGAUGUAGGAGCAGCUGAGACCAUCACUGAUCUUGCAAAAGUAGUCUCUAAAUGUGUCACUGGCAUGGACCUUAAUUCACUCAGUGCUUGUCUUGCUGCUGUUGUGUGUUCCUCAGAACAACCACCUCUUCGCCCUAUUGGAAGCUCUGCUGGAGAUGGAGCUUCUAUUAUUUUAAAGUCUGUUCUUGAAAGGGCCACUCAUCUAUUAACUGAUUCUCAGGCUGCUAACAGUUUCAGCAUGCCUAAUCCUGCCCUUUGGCAGGCAUCUUUUGAUGCCUUUUUUGGUUUACUUACAAAGUAUUGUCUGAGUAAGUAUGACAGUAUCAUGCAAUCGAUUCUAGCACAAUCCCAGCCGGAUGCUGAAAUGAUUGGUUCAGAGGCUGCAAGAGCCGUAAGCAGAGAAAUGCCUGUGGAACUUUUACGUGCUAGUCUUCCACAUACAAAUGACCACCAAAAGAAGCUGUUGUUGAAUUUUGCUCAGCGGUCUAUGCCUGUUACUGGAUUCAAUUCUCAUGGUGGAAGCAGUGGACAUAUAGAUCCCGAAUCUGUAAGCUGUUAGCUGAGAUGGGAAACAUGGGUUUCUUUAUCCUUUUCCUUCUUUGUGAUGGCUCUCAUCUUACUUAACUGUGUAUUAUGUCUGAAAGAAAUGGGGUUAUUGGUCACUCUUCUAAGGUUUUCCAUUCAAAGAGCUUUAUUUUUUAUGCUCUUUCUGUAAACUCCGGAUAAAAGCUUGAAGGAUAGAAUGUACAGGUGAUUUGUGGAGUUCGGCAACUCUUGAUGCACUUGGCCCUCUCCCUCUCUGCUUUCAAGAAGAGGGUAAAAAUGAUUCUUCACCCUGAAGUAAUGUUGCAGGCUCGGAGGAGAAGAGGGUUCAGCUCUGCAGUUUCAGUAGGAGACAUUUGCUAGACUUGAAAACUUUCUAAGUGAAAACUGUAAUAACUAAAUGUUCUUGUGCAUUAACAAUUACUCUGUUAUGUUUCCCCGAAAUUGUUUACAAAGUUAUUUUAGAACUUG